AUGACCCUCCGGCUCCCGGGGUCGCUCGUCAACAGAGCUUUGCGCAGUCGACUGCUCUCUGCGCAACAACACCGUGCUGCAACAGCAGCCCAAAACUUACCAUCAACAUGGAAUGCCAUAAAUGCAACUAGGGCCUUUUCUGAUCACCCCAAUCGCACCGCUUCCUACGAGCGUUUCGAGAAUCCGAGGCUGAAGCCAUCCCGACAAAAACUCGCCGAUCGGCCGAUUCAUCGCAAUGAAAAUAAACGAGGAAAUGAUAGUCUGAUGGCUAUUGCAUCAAAUUCCCAUUCCGCGCGUUAUGAUCAUGAGAUUGAGAUCGCUGAAAGCGAGGCGUUGGACACCGCGGCUGCAGGGCGCGAUGGCCCCAUGGAGGAGCAGGCGGAAGGGGAGGCCGUCGAAAACGAACACGACCCCGAAGAGGAUACUGCUGAUGACAAGACAACCGAUGACAAGACACCCGAAACGAAGAGCUACCAUGGCCUCUCGCUCGGAGAAAGCAGGAUCACACCCAAGAUCGUGAAUAUGGAAUUGAGAUGGUUGAACGAUCCUCAUAAAAUGGCGGAUCGGAUUGAUCGCAUUUUGCAGAAUGGUGAGCCGGCAUUGGCGGCAGCAAUAGUGCGCGCUGGAACCAAGAAGGGCAUGAGAUGCGACGUUGCAUGGAAUCACCUCUUGCAGUACUGUAUGGACCAAAAAAGCCCACAAGCUGCGUUUAAGUUCUAUAAUGAUAUGAAAAAACGUGGCCGAAGACCCAAUAUGCGAACAUACACCAUUAUGUUGAAAGGCUUUAGUUCGGUUCCAAUGUCUCCGUCUGUGGUCAAGACAGCGGCGUCUGUCUACCGCUCGAUUUCCGCGGAAAACUCCGGUGUCAAGCUUAGUAUCAUCCACACCAACGCGAUGCUUACUGUUUGCCAUCGCCACGCGGAUAUGGACAGGCUAUGGCAGAUUGCCGGCGAGCUGCCUGAGGAGGGACCGGGAGCCCCUGAUGCCACUACAUACACAAUCAUUUUGAAUGCCGUGCAAUUCGCGGCACGCCGAGACAUACAAAAAAUGUCCCCUGACGAGAUCGACAAGAUUCUCGAACGCAAAACGAAGGCUAUCACGGAAGGAAAGCGGAUUUGGGCCGACAUCGUUUACCGUUGGAAGACUCAGACACUGGAACUCGACAAUGACGUCGUCAAUGGCAUGGCCAGUUUGCUGUUGGAUGGCGCCAGUGAUAUGGAUUGUUACAAUGUUAUGGAAUUAUACAAACAGACCAUGGGACUUCCUAUCCUUCAAAAGCGACCAACCGAAAGCUCAAAGACAACGCGCCGCCGCAUCACACACGAGGAAACCCAGGCCAUUGAGCAGUCUGAAAUGAAGAGACAAGAGAAAAUGGAAGAUCUUCCGUUUGUGGAUGAGAACAACAAACCAUUAGGACCAGCAGAGACAGCCGGAGAUCUCCACGAAUUCGACGAACCCGCAGAAGAAAAAGUGGAGGCGGUUGAGGAAGAACAGGAGGUGGAAGAAAUGGAAGAAGAGGAGGAAACCUUUGAAGACCUUUUCAAGCCUGUGGUCCCAGGGGCGGAGGGCCUUUCAUUCCUGAAACCCAAGAGCAAAGAACUCACACUUCUACUGAACGCAUGCUUCACCAUGACUCAAGGAACCGAAGGUGGUCUUGCUUACUGGAAAUACAUGACAUUGGACGAAAAUGAGCACCGGUUCAGGCCCGACGCGAUCACAUACGCACAAUAUUUCCGUCUCCUCCGCAUUUCUCGCUCUAGCAAAAUCAGCGUCAAGACAAUGCGGGACCAGAUGGUUCCUUCCGGCCUUGCACAUGGAACAGCAUUCCACAUUGCCCUCAGCGUCUGUCGUCGCGAUCGCCGCAACCACUCUGUCCUUUUGCACGCAAAUGAACUGAUCGGUCUGAUGGACAAAGCGCUGAUCCUACCAGAUAUUCGUGUUCUGGACGGCUACCUCGAGACGAUUCAAAUUCUUUCCGCGAACUCUUCUGUCCUUCUGAAUCUGCGAGGCCUCAGCACAGAAGAAGACACCAAAAGCCUCAGACUCCAAGAUCGUGGCGCGAAGCUUCAAGCGCAGCUGCGGCUUAAUGCCCUCGCCACUUUACGAUCCUAUGUGUCCGAACUCCACGAAGCGAUGGAGAAUGGCAAACCCGAGGCAGGCGGUCGCUGGAGCAAUGCUCAAAACCGACUUGCGAAUCCUAUUCACGGCCCCGCCGCUGUCAAAUUCAUGGCCCGGGUUCGUCUGAUUGUCGAUGACACGCUCAAGCUUGACUACAAGAAAUACGUCUCGAAGGCUGAGCGCAAAAUCCUCAUGGGAGAGUCGCAGAUGUUGAAGAAAUACUCCGACAAGCAGACUAUUGCAGCUUGGAAAAACAAGCUUGUAUACCCUACGGCCGAUCAGAAGGACGCAGCCAGGGAGCGCAUCUACAACUAUAGAGAAUCCGUUCGGCUUGAGCAAGCAAGAGAAACAACCUCCGAGCGAUCUCAUGGGCAUGUGGAUUCUUCGCUACCGAAGGCCAAGUUGAUGGACACGGUCGAGGCCGAGUGA